CAAAUAACAUGGAAAUGUUACAGAAUGGACAUUAAGUGUUCUUAGCCACCAAAAAAAGUUGAAACGCUCAUUGCAUAGAUUAACCAUGGUGUGUGUGACAAUGCAAUUCCUUGGUACAAAAGAGUGAAGCCUUUUGUUCUCUGCCGCUUGUUCUGCUCUGCUGAAGACAUUGGCUCCCAGCCAGGAAGUCCCACCCGUCACCACGAGGCGUGGAAGACGCGCUGAAACGGGCUAGGCCCGGGCGAACCUUCCCUGCCGCGCCGACGAUCACGGACGGCAGAGUUAUUCUGCCAGCUCCCCAAAACUAAACUUGUGUGUGCGGGUGAGUCACCACUGACAGGAAUCCUGGCAGGCUCAAGUUUUCUCUGAGCAUGUGACGAACAACGUCACCCAAGCGCUUCGGCCACUGGCUCUUUUGCGUCACCUUUUUUCUUUUUCCUCCUUUUUCUUCAAAUCAACCUGUCGGCGCCCUUACCCAGCCAUCGGGAGGAUCAACCCACCUACCUAAAUCCUUUCCUGUGAAAUGCCCACAGAUUAGCUGUUUUCCUCCCAGCAAUUUCACAAUGAAGCAGGCCAGCUAUGUGGAUACGUACUGCUGGGAUUCCCUCAUGCAUCACGAGUUUGAUAGCAAUGGGAACUUUGAGGAGCGCUCCCUUUGGGUACACAAAAUGUUCCCAUAUUCUCUUCUGGCUAUGGCAGUGUUAAUGUAUCUGCCGGCUCUCAUCUGGCGCCAGCUUGUUGUGCCUUCGCUCGGCUCAGACCUGCUAUUCAUAAUUGAUGAACUAGACAAGUCGUAUAACCGCUCAGUUCGAUUGGCUCAGACCAUCCUGGAUUUGCGCCAAAAUACCAAGAACCCAUUAACAUUUCAGGCAGAACUGCACAGAGCCAAGAGGAAGCGAUACUUUGAGUACCCCCUCCUGGAGAGAUACAUGCAGUGCAAGCAAAACUCCUAUUUCCUCGUGAGCAUGCUUUUCCUGCGGGGCUUCCUCCUGCUGACCUUCAUGACGGCUGCCUGUCUUUAUCUUGCCUACUUCCACCUGUCCGCCUUCCUGCAGGAUGAAUUCAGCUGUUUUGUGCGUAGCGGCAUGCUACGCGAUCAAAACUGGAUUCCUGAGCUGGUUCAAUGUAAAAUGAUAGGCCAGUUGGUCUUUCAGGUGAUAAGUGUAGCCAAUGGUGCCAUCUAUGUUCUGUUAGCACCAAUUGUCCUCUUCAGUAUCAUUAGGCUCUUUGUUUGGGACACCACCUUCAUCUCCGUAUAUGAGGUCCUUCCAGCCCUGGAUCUUCUCAACCAACGCAGGCUAGGGUGUCCCCUGAAUGAUCUCAAUGUGCUCUUGCUCUUCCUACGGGCCAAUGUUGCACACCUAAAGUCAUAUGGGAAGGUUAGGGCUUUGUGCUCUCUGGCACCGCCGAUGGUUGGUCAGACUACAGUAGGACAAGGACUGAAUGCAAUGCUGAGCCAAGAGGAGAUUGAAGAAAGGGAGGAGGCCGCAAUGGAGUUGGCAGAGGAGGUGCAGGAAGCCAAAGAGGAAGGGAAGUUCAACCUUGUGGAUAUCAUGACUAUUCUGGGAGCGGCGCAGGGACGAAUUGUAAACUGCAACGAACAGAGGCCAAUGGUGGAGGAGAAUAUGAGUUUUGGUACCGUAACACUGAUCUACACACUCAAACGCAUUCUACUAGUGGCUAUUUUCACCUACAUCAUUUGGGAUGUACAGAAAAUCAUUAAGUGAACUUUAUAACCAAUCAAUGUUCUAAAAACAUGUACAUUAUAUACAAGUGAAUUAAUUGUUCUGCACAAUUGUUAGUCUGUAUUUUUCUGCUUUAUUGUAUUCCACAAUUCCAUACUGAAUCACCUCUAUUUGUCAAACCACUGGUGAAUGUAGAAGAGAUGGAAUUGUAGUAAUUCCUACUCCUAACUACCUUUCUGUCUCUUCGCAGAGCCAAACCACCAGGGGUACCAUGAGUUGAAGGAGACUGCACCAUUUAGUCAUUACUAGGCCUCCUAUGGACUGUAUCAAUGUGAAAACUUGUGAAGGAAGGUUUUGGACACUCUAAAUUAGUACUAUAUCCACAAAGCGUGUGACACAAAUUAAAGUUUUGUCUCAAGAGUCAUGUGGUUUAAGUUAUAAUUACCAAUAAAUUAAGUUAUAAUUACCAAUUACUAAGUUGUAUUGAGAAAAAUGACAUUGUUUUUCUUUUAUCCCUGUCUCUCAGCUACUCAAAACUACCACACAGAGAAAAACUCGGUCAUAUCUAAUUGAUUGUAUUGUGCAGAAAAACAACUACGGGUGCAAGUUUAAGUCAAAUAGAGGAACAUAAACUUAUUCAGAAUUGUACUUGCUUUCACGCAUUAACUUUUAUGAAAUAUGUCCAAUUAUUAUGUGAAUUUAAACUGUGUAUUUAUAUUAUUCUAAAUAAACACUAUUUGAGUCCA